ACACCUGCACAUUUUACUUCCUCUCUCCGCCCCCAUCUCUCUCUCAAUUUAUCUGACAUAAUCAAAACACACAGAGCAUGCUCUCUGUUUCUUCUUCUCCUCUGUUCCUGUUUCUGUUUAUAGCUCCCGCCAUUGUUUACUCUUAUUAAAACCCUAAUUUCGGUAAAGGGAUAAUAAUAGAAUUUAAAUUAUCGGGUAAAGCUCUGUUUUUUUCCGAAGGUGAGAAUUUAUGUCCCACAAUACCUCAAGGGGUGAUAGGACCGAGUCUGGACAGAACAGGAAAACCGGCCGAUCCAGUAGUUUCAAUCAGCAGCGCCAGUUCUCUGGCGGUUUUAAGGGCGGUGGUGGUGGAGGCGGAGGCUCCUCCUCCGCCACUACCGCUAAUCCCUCUAUCUCCAACCGCAGUACUAAGAAGUCUAAUAGCAUACAAGGGGGGCAAUCUAGGGUGCGCGGUCCAAAUGUGAUCCAGGAUUCGAGCCAUUCAUUCCCAGUGCCUGUUGUACAAAAUGGUGCUCAACGACAUCAGCCAACACCUGGAGUGUCUGAUGCAUUAGUUACAAGUAAGAGUGCAAAUGUCACCCCAAUCGACACCCCAGCACAGAGAAUCACACAAGCUGUUCCAAGAGCUCCAUCUACCAAUGCUUCUACUGCCGCUCCAUCUACCAGCACUUCUACUAGCUCUGAUACCAGCAGCUCUGCAACACCUGGAAAGGCUGCAGUAGAUGCUUCCGGCUCAUUUUCUCUACAGUUUGGGUCUAUAAGCCCUGGAUUUAUGAGCGGAAUGCAGAUUCCUGCUCGAACAAGCUCAGCCCCACCUAAUUUGGAUGAGCAGAAAAAAGAUCAGGCCAGUCAUGACUCUUUAAAAGCUGCACCUGCUGUGCCAACUCCAACCAUUCCCAAACAGCGACUGCUGAAAAAAGACACAAGGGUCCAUGAUCAACCAAACACCGGUGAAGCUCAGCCAGUAUCCCAGUCCAAGAGGGAUGUGCAAGUUUCAGCUGCGCCUUUUGCGACUCAAACUCAAAAACCGUCUGUACACCCUAUGUCUGGGAUGUCCAUGCAAAUGCAAUUUAACCAGCCACAGGUUCCAGUUCAAUUUGGUGUCCCUAAACUCCAAAUUCAGUCACAAGCCACACCGACCACAUCUUUGCCAAUCCCAAUACAAAUGGGGAUGUCUAUUCCUUUACCCAUGGGAAAUCCACCAAUGUUUGUUUCAGGUCUUCGACCACCACAUAUGAUGCAGUCUCAAGGAUUGAUGCAUCAGGGUCAAAACUUGAACUACUCAUCGCAAAUGGGUCAUCAGAUGCCCCCUCAGUUGGGUAGCAUAGGAAUUAAUAGGGCCCCACAAUGUCCUCCACAACAGGCUGCAAAGUUCACGGCUUCUCGUAAAACAGUAAAAAUUACUCACCCUGUAACUCAUGAAGAAUUGAGACUCGAUGGAUCUGUAGGUCCAAGGUUUCACCCUAAUGUGCCACCUCCUUCACAACCUAUUCCAUCAUUUCCUCCUAAUCAGCCAAUGAGCUAUUAUGCUACUUCAUAUAAUUCUGGUUCCCUCUAUUUUCCACCUCCAAGUUCCCUUCCACCAAAUAGUGCCCAGAUUCUUCCCAGUUCUCAGUCACCGAGGUUUUUUAAUCAGGUGACAGUAAAGCCAACCUCUGGCUCUCAUGUGGAUAAAGGCACAUUGCCAACUAGUGAAAAGGGAGAAUCUAUGAAACCUUUAAGCCCCCGUGGAGAAGUUAUGUGUUGUCAAAAGGAUUUUGACCCUUCAUCUUCAAGCUAUUUGAAGCAGUCAAAGCCUAGUGUUGAACCAUUAUCUACAUCAGUGUCCAUGGCAAGUAAACAAUCAGCUACUGUGAGAGGUUCUGUUACUAUGGAGACUGAAGGGCCCAAAACUUUGUCUUCUGCUUCUCUGGCUCUUGUUGAUGACAUUGCAUCUUCACCAUCCAGUGGUGCUGGAGAUGCUAGAAAUAAUACAUUUGAUGAACCUGACUCCAUUAUGGAUGAACACAAAAAACCGAGCAACAGAGGACAGCGUGAUCAGGUUUGUGCACAAUAUCCAUCUGCUUCAGGUUUGUCUUCUCAAUUGCCCGAACCUGAAACUUUGCCUGGCCAAGGAGGUAAUUAUGGUGUUCUAGUGAACCCUCGUGUACAGACAGCUAUUCAGCAUGUUGGGGGAAUCCUUACUGGACCAAUGCCGUCUUUGGGACCACAAGGAGUUAUGCAAAGGAAUAACUCUGAUUCUGACAGAUGGCAGCGUGGAACUGCCUUUCAGAAGGGUUUAAUGCCUUCUCCUCAGACACCGUUACAGGCGAUGCACAAAGCUGAGAAGAAAUAUGAAAUAGGUAAAGUUUCAGAUGAGGAAGAAAUCAAGCAGAGGCAGUUGAAAGCCAUCUUAAACAAGCUUAAUUCUCAAAACUUUGGAAGAUUGCUUCAGCAAGUGAAACAAGUCAACAUUGACAAUGUUGUAACUCUCUCUGGGGUGAUCUCUCAAAUAUUUGAUAAAGCUUUGAUGGAACCCACCUUCUGCGAGAUGUAUGCUAACUUCUGCUUUCAUCUAGCGGUGGAGUUGCCUGAUUUGAGUGUAGAAAAUGAAAGAAUUACUUUUAAGAGAUUACUUCUGAACAAAUGCCAGGAGGAAUUUGAGAGAGGGGAAAGGGAAGAAGAAGAGGCAAAUAAAGCUGAUGAGGAAGGUGAAGCUAAACAAUCAGAACAUGAAAGAGAGGAGAAGAGGCUCCGAGCACGGAGACGUAUGUUAGGUAAUAUAAGACUAAUUGGGGAACUGUAUAAGAAGAGAAUGCUGACAGAGAGAAUAAUGCAUGAGUGCAUAAAGAAGUUGUUGGGCCAGUAUCAGAAUCCUGACGAGGAAGAUGUUGAAGCCUUGUGCAAAUUAAUGAGCACAAUUGGUGAGAUGAUAGAUCAUCCCAAAGCCAAGGAGCACAUGGAUGCCUAUUUUGACAUUAUGGCCCGGUUGUCAAACAACAUGAAACUAUCUUCUAGGGUAAGGUUUAUGCUGAAAGACUCAAUUGAUCUGAGAAAGAAUAACUGGCAACAGAGGAGGAAAGUUGAAGGGCCAAAGAAGAUCGAUGAAGUGCACAGAGAUGCAGCUCAAGAACGGCAGGCACAAGCUAGUAGGUUGGCUCGUGCUUCCAGCAUUGGGACUUCUGGUAGAAGGGGUCCACCUCUGGAUUUUGCUCCUAGAGCUCCCAACCUGUCAUCUUCUCCUAGUCCCCAGAUGGUUGGUUUCCGUGCUGUACCCCUACAGCUUCGUGGCCAUGGUUCUCAGGAUGUUCGAUUGGAGGAGAGACAUCACUUUGAGAACAGAAGCAUGUCCGUUUCUCUCCCUCAAAGGCCCCUCAGCAAUGAUUCCAUAACCCUUGGUCCCCAAGGUGGUCUUGCAAGGGGAAUGGCUUUCAGAGGGCAGCCAUCAGCACGUGGUCUUCCAUUGGUCGAGAUUUCAAGUCCUGGAGAUGCACGUAGGAUAGCACCUAGCCUAAAUGGAUUUAGUUCCGUGCCAGAACGGACAGCUUAUGGUCAAAGAGAAGAUCUCAUGACGAGAUAUAUGCCGGAAAGGUUUUCUAGUCCAUCUGUUCAUGACCAAUCAAAUCUACAAGAGCGAAGUAUUAACCAUCGGAAUAGAGAUAUUAGAAAUGCUGAUCACAACUUUGACAGAUCUCUACCUACUUCUACACAAGAUAGGCCCCUAGCUUUUAUACAAGAUGCUUCAUCAGAAAAUAUGUUGCCAGAAGAGCGUUUGCAACACAUGUCCAUGUCUGCAAUUAAAGAAUUUUAUAGUGCAAGAGAUGAGAAUGAAGUUGCUUUGUGCAUCAAGGAAUUGAAUGCUCCCAGCUUCUAUCCAUCUAUGAUUUCUCUCUGGGUUGCCGAUUCUUUUGAGAGGAAUGAUGCAGAGAGAGAUCUGUUGACAAAGCUCCUGAUUGGUCUUAUGAAAGCUAGAGAUGAAAUGAUAAGUCAAGAUCAGCUCAUCAAAGGGUUUGAAUCUGUUCUCACUGCAUUGGAGGAUGCUGUAAAUGAUGCCCCUAGAGCAGCAGAGUUUCUUGGCCGCAUCUUUGCAAAAGUCAUAAUGGAGGACGUCAUUUCAUUUUCUGAAGUUGGGCGGUUGAUCAAUGAAGGUGGGGAAGAGCAAGGAAGUCUUGUCGAAAUAGGUCUUGCAGCCGAAGUCCUUGGGAGCAUCUUUGAGACAAUUAAAUCAGAAAUGGGUGAUUCCGUAUUGACUCAGAUCCGUUCAAGCUCUAAUAUGCAGCUAGAAAACUUCAGGCCUCCAGGUUAUAAAAAAUCUUGGAGACUAGAUAAGUUUACUUAGCUUAGUGAUGCUCAUUGUAUCUGGUAGAAGAAAUUCAUGUCUAGUUUUUUAGUAUAUAUUUGCAGAUAUAUGUAUCGUUUUGGGUAGAUGGGGAUUCAUAUAAGGGGGUUAUUUUGAUAUUUCAAUAUUAUCAUUCAGAAAUUUAAUUGCUACUGCUAAAGGUUCAAUUGAGCAUCAUCUCAUCUCUUUACAUUUUUCU